AAUCCAACCACCAACAUGAACAUCUUCCAGCGCAACAAGACCUUCCGCCCCAAGAAGACGUACAACAAAGGCACCAAACGCUAUGAUUUGCACAAGCGCGCCAAGGCAACGUUGGGCGGGGGCGACGUGCGAACGGCAGUCAAGCUGCCCGACAAUGAAGACCUCAACGAAUGGCUCGCUGUGAAUACGGUCGACUUUUUCAACGAAAUCAGCAUUGUGUACGGCACCGUGCUUGAGUUUUGCAACAAGGAGACCUGUCCGAUCAUGUGUGCCGGCCCAAAAUUCGAGUACCUCUGGAAGGACACGAAGGAAUACAAGACGCCGGCCAAACUGCCAGCACCAGACUACAUUGACAUGCUCAUGAGCUGGGUCGAAGACCAGCUGAAUGAUCAAACGCUCUUUCCGUGCAACGAGGAGACGCCGUACCCCCGCGGCUUUGUGGCGGCUGUCAAGAACAUCUUUCGCCGCCUCUUCCGCGUCUACGCCCACGUGUACUACUCGCACUUCGACAAGAUUGUGAAUCUUGGCGCAGAGGCGCACUUGAACUCGUGCUUCAAGCACUUUAUCUACUUUGUCACCGAAUUCGACCUGGUCGACGCUCGCGAACAAGAGCCGCUCAAGGAACUCAUUGCCAACUUGGCUCGCUAGAUAGCGUUCCCGUUCAAUCAAAAAAAGACUCGAGCUCUCUUUCUAUUAAACUUUGCCGCCCUCUGAUGCACUUCGUGCGUGGUCAUGGUGAAGGGGGCACGCGUGGGUCACGUCGGUGGGUGCUGCAGCCAUUUCGUGGUCGUCAGCAUCAUGCUUUGACGAGGGCAGAGAAGAGGCUUGAAAGCGAUACGAGUCGAGUGGCACCAUGCUCCGAGCGACUGCAACCUGAACUGCCACAGCAAUGGAGCUGUACCAGCUCCCCUCCUUGUCUUCAUCCAUCGUCGAGCAAUAUGAUGAUGGCGCGAACCGGCGCGAUACUGCCAACUCGUUGACGAC